AAUUACAAGUAGACUAUAUCAAAAAGGACCUCAUAUAAAAUCACUGAAAUUACACUAAUAUUCAUAGUCGAUUUUAGCUAAAGUACGACUGUUACAAUACAAAUAUUUCGGCCUAAAUAAAAAAUCCUUUAUUUCUUCAAAUUCGUUUUAACGGAAACAUCUAUUUAUAUCAGUACAUCUACAGCUAUCUAUAGCUAGUAACGUGUCCUAAAAUUCUAAUAUUAUUAUCUCUAUGAAAUGUUAUAUAUGCAAAAACCUCGAAAAUUCAAAACAACAUAUUAUCUUGUCUAAUCGUAAGGUUAAUAUAAAAGUAACGUAUCAACUGUGACAUUACUUUUGAGAUACAUAGCUACCUGUGACAACCUUUAUUGUCAACAAUAUUCCUGGCUUUCUCUCUUUAUAGAAGUAUAUCGUCAAGUCAAGUUUGACUAGAAUAUUCCUUAUGUAAUUUUAACUUUUUGUAACUUCUUUCUAAAUUUGUUUAAAUCCUUUCGCCUUAUUUACAUUGAUACAUUGCAAAUUCAAACAAUCGAGAUAACUCACCUACAUAAUUACUCAUACAGCACAAGAUCUCCUGGGGACGUCUCAGAGAUGUCCUGAGGACAUAGAAACGUCCCUAGGACGUACCCUGGACGUUUCCUGGACAUACGUGCUGUUAGGCACAUCUUUUAUAAUAUGGAAAUAAUUAAUAUGGAAAACCUAUUUAUGCAAAUAAUAAUAUUUUAUGGAGUAUUGCAUACAAUAGUAACUUUACUGACAUUGUUUAUUCGUUUUAUAUGCGGAAAUUCAGUAAAAAUAAGAGUAAUACUUUUAGAAUUACUAGCCUCCACAGAACUAUGUAUGCUAAACUACGAAAUUAUUGGAACUAUAAAGUUAAUUCAGCUAACAAAGUUUACGUCAUUGUUUUAUAUAUCUAUUACGUUAGCAUUAUUAAUAUUUUUGAGACUAUAUUGGGUCGACAUAGAAUUAUCCCCUAAUAUAAUGCUAGAACAUAUGUUAAUAAACAAGGAUAUUCGCUUCUAUGGUGUACUUUUAAUAUUUGCUCAAAUCCUCGGCGAUUAUCUUGCAUUCACAUUUUUGCCUGGGAUAUGGUCCUAUUUUGGACUCAAACGAUCAUUAAGUUGCUUUUCAAUGUUUUAUAAAACUGAUGUGGCAGCUGCAUUUGCUAUGGAAUGGCUAUUGACUAUAGUUUACAGAUUAUCAGUUUAUAGUCUAGCAAAUAUGAGCGAAGAGCUAUCUAAAAAUUGGUUGACAUUUAUAUUAAGUACCCUGUUGACAUUUUCUAGGAUUGCAGGAUUUUAUUUGGUCGGUAGUUUCAACAAUCCAGCGUUAGGAGCUUCUUUGAGAUUCUAUUGUUCAGGAAUUGACUAUCACAGUCUAUUAGUUUAUUGGGCUGCCCCGUUUUGCGGAUCUCUUUGCGCCUUGUUUCUAUUGCGUUUAUGCAAACAAUUGGCAUAUUACAGAACAACUGGGCCAGGUCCCGAUACCAGAUUUUACCUUAGAUUUGAGGACAUCAAUUAUGAGAGGUCAAGACAUAAUAAUUCGUUGUACAUACAGCAAAGAUUUGAACAUGCACGUUCCUGGCCGAUUAAUGUUCCUUUUAGACCGCGUUGAUGGGAGCAAUUUAAUUUUAGAAUAAUGCACUGUAUUAAAAGGAACAAAAAUAAUUUAACAAUAUAAUAUUUGACAAUGUAUGCAAUAAUUUAUAAUACUAUUGUGUUUAUCAUAAAUAAUUUUAAGUGCUUGCAAUCUAGAUUAAAUAGGAGAUAAAGAACCAAUUGUUUAUUACUGUUAAAAGAAUAUGUCCUCGUGCAAUUAUUAAUAUAAUUAUAGAGAAAAAUUCGAAUUAUUAAUACAAUUAUAGAAAGUUAGUUUUACUGGUAUCUGAAACAUAUUUUAAUAUAUUAUAUUUUUUAUAUGCAAAAAAUGUUACACAAAAACUUUAACACAUUCGUUACCGCGAUUCAUUUAAAUCUUUCUACAGACUACUUCAUAUUUCUUUUUUACAUAAUUAUGUAAAACAGAUUUAAUUUGAUAACAUGAAUAAGGAGAAAAAUUAUUAUUGUCACAUAUAUGUAAUGCUUGUAACAAAACGUUGUGUCACACAUAUGUAACAUUAACAGCGAACGUAUUAAUACAUGCAAACAUAAAUAUAUUCAUAUACAAAUUUUCAUAUAUGCAUAUAUAAAUAUAUAUACAUAUCUAAAUAUAUUUAUACUUAUAUAUGUAUAUGUCUGUAUUUAAAUAUUAUGCAAUACUACUGUGAUUUACUAUGCAAUACAAUAUAUUGAAUAUUACCUUGAUUUAUUAUGCAAUACAAUAUAUUGAAAUAUUAUGCAAUUGGCUUUAGUUGAGGUAUAUUAUUGAAACUGCUGUCAUGCGUUUACUUAUUAUUAGCGAUUGGUAAAUUGAACGACGUUCAACGUCUUAAUGCAUGUAUAAAACAUGAUAUAUGUACGACAUAAAUGUUAUGUAUAUUUUAUAAUGAUACAUUUUAUAUAGGAAUAGUAUUUUUUAAAUAAAGUUUUUAACCUAUGUAA